AUGGGUGCCCAGACGGACCAAGGACAGAAGGGUGGAUCGCCAGCGUUUGUAUCAGCCCUCCGCAACUGUAUUGCUUCCGGAUGCAAUAAAGGCAGUGUGCAGCCUGGAAUGAGGCCAGACCGCAAGUCGACCAUUUUGAUGGCCAGCUGUACUGAAGACAGUGUUGGAGGGCCCCUUCGCCGAUGCUUCACCCACGAGCUGAAGGUUGAGCCUCCCGAUGCUGCAGGUCGAAAUUUGAUGCUGCAAAGCUACCUGAACUGCCAGGAAGAUACAAAGGACCAUGUGGUCAGCCAUGCCGUGAGCCAGACAGCCGGCUUUGUGCCCAGGGAUUUGAAGGCAUUGGCAACGAUUGCCUCCACCAUUGCAGCUGUUGAAAGUGACCUGCUGCCGCAAGUGGAUGACUUGCAGGCCAGGGGCCUGAACUCUGAAAAAGUGCUGACAAUAUCUCAAGGUUAUGAUGCCCAGCUGAACUUCAGUGAGGUCCCAACAGCUUCAUUCAAAGCUUGUUCAGCUGCCUGUCCUGGUGAAGGGGAAGCUGAUGACCCUGCACACUUCGAUGCAUCCAAUUCUCAUCUCAGUGCAAGGCAUCCUGAUGGCACUGUGCCGGCCCCCUCCUGGGACACAGGUGAAGGCUCAUCAUCUUCUGUGUGGAGGCAUGUACCGGGCAUGUCGUGCCUGGAGCCCCCAUGCAGGCAUGCUGUAAUGGUUGGCCAGGGAAACCUUCACACUCCUGUUCCCCCAGUCACGGCAUCUCUGCGUAGAAAGACACUGCCGGACGCUGUGCCCAUGGGCUCAAGUGGGCAUUCGAUGGGCAGUGAACAGGAAGCUGCGGCCAUGGGGAUUGCUGUGGUGCAUGGGUACACUGAGCAGCACCACGUGGACAAAGCCCUGGAGAGGAUUAGGGAGCACGUUGCCUUAGAAGUGGGGGCGCCCAAGAUCCCAGAUGUGAGUUGGGAGGAUGUGGGAGGACUGGAAGAGGCCAAAAAGGCCAUCCUUGACACAGUGGAGCUCCCAUUGAAGCACAGGGAGCUGUUCAGCUCUGGUCUUCGUCGGCGUUCUGGCGCCCUUCUCUAUGGCCCACCCGGUGUGGGAAAGACACUGCUGGCAAAGGCCAUCGCCACAGAGUGCUCCAUCAACUUCCUGUCCGUAAAGGGACCUGAGCUAUUGAACAUGUAUAUUGGGGAAAGUGAGAGACUGGUGAGGGAGACCUUCGCUCGUGCAAGAAGGGCCAGGCCAUGUGUUGUGUUCUUUGAUGAGUUGGAUGCUCUUGCUCCAUCAAGAGGGGCAGCUGGGGAUUCAGGUGGUGUAAUGGAUAGAGUCGUAUCGCAGUUCCUUGCAGAGCUUGACGGCAUGACAGAUGACAACACAGACAUCUUCAUCUUUGGCGCCACCAACCGGCCAGACCUCAUCGACCCUGCGGUGUUGAGGCCGGGCCGUAUGGACACCCUGGUGUAUGUCGGGCUGCCGCAGGAUCCAGGCUCGAAAUUGAAAGUGCUGCAGGCGCUGACAAGAAAAUUCAGGCUUGCAGUUGAUGUGGAUCUCUCUGUAGUGGCGGAAGCCUGCCCUGCCAGGUUCACAGGCGCCGACCUGUACGCGCUGUGCGCAGACGCCUGGAUGGUGGCCAUGAAACGCGUUAUCGAAGAGGCGGGAGACUCACAACAAAGGCUAUUUGAGCUUGGUGAGCUGCCAGACUUCAGCCUGGAGGUGUGCCAGACCGACUUGCUGGAUGCCCUGUCGAACCUACAGCCCUCACUGUCGGAGGCGCAGAUCGAAGAGUACGAAGCCAUCAGGCGCAAGCAUGAGGCUGGUGGCGGGUGA